UAUCUCGCCAUCAUGUAUGAUGGUUUUACUCCGUGCAGUGUAACAAUAAACGUGUGUUUACAUUGCAAUUGACUUGGCAAAGAACUUUUCCGCAGUGAAUUGAGCUACAUAACACGAUCGAUAGAACUUUCCCCACUCCAACUUUGCACUUUCACUCGCAAGAUUCAUUCCCAUCUGGUCGCAACGUACGUACUUGUAAUUUAGGCCAAACAUAAAAUUAUUCGUCUGUGUAACAAAUAUUUCCGGGGCGAGUACAACUGUUACACUUGUCAUUAUUUCCUAUCUGAAGUCGAAGCAAAUAAUAAAUAUUUCAGUUAGUGUUGAGUUAUUUAAAAUAUGGAAGAAUUUGGCGAAGCCGGAGUGCAGGCUGGAAUUGAAGUGUGGAAAGUUGAGGAUGGAAACCUCGUAAAAGUUGAUGCUGCUGAUCACGGGAAAUUUUAUAGUGACAAGUGUUACCUUGCUUUAAACACAACUGAAGGUUUGGAACGCAGCCUGCAUUUCUGGAUUGGAAAAAAGUCCUCCGCCGCGGACAAGGAUGUUGUGGCAGCCUUCGCUCAAAAGCUGGGUGACCUUCUUGACCCUGCUCCAGUGGCGUAUCGGGAAUGUGAGGGGCAUGAAUGUGCCAUUUUCUGUGCCCUCUUUACCAAUGGCGUUCGAUAUAUUGAUGAAGUAGACCCAUCCACUAAGCUGUAUCAGGUCAAGGGAAAACGGAAUGUGAGAGUAACUCAGUUGGCUACGGUAUCAGUAACUUCAAUGAAUAAAGGGGACUGCUUUAUUCUCUGCACGCCCACCCAGAUCUGGGUCUACUUUGGUAAAUUUUCCAAAAGCUGUGAGCGAUACAAGGCUCUUCAUGCGGCAGGGAACAUUAAAGCUCAAGACUACAGUGGGGAUGAAAAUGAUAUUGAAAUCAUACAAGUCAAACAAAAUUCGGAGCAAUCCGUGGUUGAAGAUUUCUUUGCUGCACUCGGAGGUGGGACGAGGGAUUUACUGGCAGAUCCACCAGAAGAGGAUGAUGAUGAUGACGAAAUGGCAAAUGUGGAAGUGCAAAAUAAAAAGACAUCAGUCACGUUAUAUCGAGUUAGUGACUCAAGCGGCUCAAUGCUCGUCGAUAAAAUUGGGGUCGACAACUUAUCCUCUGAAAUGCUAAAUCCCUCCGACUGCUUCAUCCUGGACCCUAGUGGCGUCCCCGACAUCUUCGUCUGGCUGGGAAGCUCCUCCGCCCAGACAGAAAAGACGGAAGCAUUUUCUUGCGCCGAAAAAUUCUUGAAAUCAAAAGGCUACCCUUUAUGGACCAAUAUUCAAAAAGUCCUUGGUGGCGCCGAAACUACAGCUUUUAAGCAAUACUUUACGACGUGGACAGACUCUAUAGAAAAAGAAGAAAAACCCAAAAAGCUUGCUAAACACCAAGGAAGUUGCAACGACUUCUGUCCCGAUGAUGGUUCUGGGAAAGCAGAACUCUGGCGAGUAGAAAACUUUCAACUGGCCCCCGUUCCGGCAGAAAAAUAUGGAGUAUUUUACCGAGGGGAUUCCUACGUUCUUCGAUACACGUACGAGGAAGAUGGAGAGGAGAAAUAUAUACUCUACUAUUGGCAAGGGAAGGAUUCCACCUCGGAUGAAAUUGGGGCUUCUGCCAUGCACGCGGUAAAGCUGGAUGAAGAGCUGCAGCUGAGAGCGGUUAUGGUUCGAGUCCUACAGGGGGAGGAGCCUAGCCACUUUUUAAGAAUUUUUAAAGGAAGAAUGGUCGUAUAUUUGGGGGGCCAUGUCUCCGCCUUUAAGAAAGUUGGAGAAGAAAAUGAGGAAAUUGAAGGAGAGGAGCAAGGCAGAUUGUUUCAUGUUCGAGGAACGUGUGACUGGGACACGAGAGCGGUUGAAGUGGAGCUGAAGUCCGGUUCCUUGGAUUCCGAUGAUGUCUUUAUUUUAAAUGAUAAAGGAGGGCAAACUUACAUCUGGAUUGGAACAAGUGCCUCUGAGAGAGAGAUAGAAACGGGGAAAGGAAUUUCAGACCUUGUGGCUCCAGAUGGCACAAAAAUCGAAGUACAGGAAGGAGAGGAGCCUCCAGAAUUUUUCGAGCUCCUCGGGGGUAAAGGACCUUAUAACGAUGCACUUGGAAGAAUGACGAAGCCAGAGCGUCGCAUUGGUGGACCGAGACUAUUUCACUGCUAUAUCCCACUCGGAAAGAAAAAGUUGGUGGUGGAAGAAGUCUUCAACUUCCGGCAGGAGGAUUUGGAGGAGGACGACGUAAUGGUGCUUGACUCUGGUGGGGACGAAAUUUUCAUUUGGAUCGGGAAAGGGUCAACGCCCGAAGAGAAAAUUUACUCGCAUCGUCUGGCUGAUGAUUACAUUGCAACAAGCUACAUGCGUUCGGGAGGAAUAUGCGUGACGGUAGCGAUCGUUCUGAAGCAACGUUAUGAAGCAGACGUUUUCAAAAAACACUUUCCCACUUGGGACAACAAUUAUUGGAAAGAUUAAAAAGACGAGUUAUAAUUUUUAAAAAAUCAUCCAAUGUAUUUCAGCGCUUGUACAUGUUUCCUGACCUUUAUUCAAGAGGUGCCGCCUAAUUAUGUGUAAAUUUUGCGAACUUAAAAUUUAAAAUAUUCACACGUUGGUUGUGAAUUUCAAUGAAAGACUUCCUGCGUUUUUUCGGGAUUUUUAAAAUUUCCAUCUUAAUUAAUGAUAUGUCUUUUGAAAGACAAGGACUAUUAUUUUUAUGGCUGUCUUGCUGGAACAAUCUAAUUAUCGUCCAUUCUAAUCAAUUAAAAAUUAAGAACAGGUUUUUUAAUUUCUUCUAUUGUCUAAAAUUCCAAGAAUAAAUAUACCUGCAUGUAUCUCGAAAAUAAAAUAAAACAAAAAUAAAUAACAAUUUUGAAAAAAUA